UCAAAUCACCUGGAGAUGCUGCUCUUCAACGUCUCGAUUUAACACUUUUUUGCGGUGGAGAUCACAGUUCUUGGCCGUGCUCCCCAAUCGGGUGCUAGCGCGAAGAAAGCACUGGCAGCUUGGUCUCCACGUUUUGCGGCUCGGAGCCAAUCAGGUAUCAAUACUUUUUCUACCAAAGUCAACACAGGCCAAUCGCUGAAGGCUUCGUCACUCGUGCCUGUGGAAAGGUCAAACCGAAAAGAAGCGUCGCCCUUCAAUUCCAUCCUCUUCCGCCCUCUCCAGAACCUGACAGCAGCCUGUGUUUACCUUUUAUCAGCGAUUUCGAGCAUUCUACCCAUUCCACCAGAGACAUGCUGAGAUAGAGCAUCGACUACCCGAUUUCCACGAACCCCAGUGGCGUCUCUCUCAAUCGGCGGUCCCGUCGCCAGGUCGCGCAUCAUCAGCACCUGAAGAAAAAAAAAAAACAUCACCACAUCAAGUCGCGACCGCGAACUCGAUGUUUGCACCCACUCUCCAAGAAGGCGGGCCCGCGAAGGGAACCCGCAGCAGUCGCCGUCGUCAGCGACCUUUGAGCGGCGAGAAUUCAGCACAACAACCCAAAGCGAAACGGCAAAGACUGCCAUUGUCGGAAACGACUUUUGCGAAUCCUGAUGCCGCUGCCACUGCCGCGCCCGAGAACUUUGAGGUGAAGUCGGACCAGCUCGACCUUCUUGGCACGAAGAGCGACGGGAUUGAGAAUGUCGGCGUGCCGCGGCGGGAGCUCAGUGUCCGUUUCAAGAAGCCAAAGGCCGGCGAGAGACCAAACAAGGGCGAUGGGAGUGUUGUUCUGACACAGAACAAUGCGUACACAGUGAGCAAGCUGCCAGCGUUGCCGGAUAGGCUCCGCGCCGACGCGCAGAACCGACAGCAGGGUGCCAUCUUUUCUUCAAGCGGCUAUGCCCUGACCCUCACCCAUACGCACGCCUUCGUAUGGCCAUAUGCAUCGACCGUCUCGUCUCCCGAAACAUUCGUUUUCACACUCCCCUAUCCCUCGAAGCACGUCAACGACCCUCUACCUCUCGGCUCCCUAGUACCACCAUCCGCCGCCUCUGAUGAACCGGGUCUGGUGGUUGUCAUGCCUGUCAGCGGCAAAAUCGCCUACUGGGAAUCUAUUGCGAGCGCCGCUACUCUCGACUUCAUCCGCCAGCAACGGAACGGGGUCGAGGACACCAUCCCGGGUAUGUUCUCCGGAGAGCAUGUCCUUCAGAUUGUAAACGCGGAAACUUCUGCCUUCAUCCUUGUUCUGAGCAGUGGUCGCCUUGCCUACAUGAGCGUCAGGGAUACCCACGGCCGACCUGGAAUCUCCGUCCAAUUCCUCCGCGACGGCUUGUCCAACAAUUUGGGGGGCUUCCUUGGCAACAUCCGCAACGCCUUUUCUGGCUCCUCAUCUCGGACCGACAUUGCAGCCGCACGGGCAACACAUGGGUCGAACGUCGGAGAGCGCAUCAUUGCCGCCGCUUCCACCAAAGGGAGAUUAUGCUUUUGGAAGAUCCAUCGUGGCGGUCAGCACGAGUUGCUUAUCGACUUUCCUCUGCGAGAUGCCUUGAGCGAAGCAGUCCGCGCAACCGACAAGAAAGCUCAGGAGUUCACACCGGAUUCUUUUGAGGUAUUGGACUUUACCUUUGUACCACGAGGCGUUGGAGACAACUACAUUAGUGCCAGUCGACUCAACAAGUAUGACCUUGAACAAGGGAUCGACACGGUACAGCAUGGAUUGUUGCUAGUAUCACACUCGGACAGGCGCCAGUCUCGAUAUGCCAUUGUGGAGGUGACGAUCGAGGAGGGUGAUUAUCGACUUGGUAUUGUUCGCCCGAUAAAUUCAUACACCACCCCCGUCAGACCUGUUGCUGCCGAGAAACCCCGACUCCACCUACCACGUCCAGCACUUGUUGCUUUCGUCGUAUUUGACCGGGCCGUAGUUGUUGCCUCCAUGGGUUUGCUCCCCGAGUCUCCUGACGUGCAGCUGCUGGACGACGCUCAUGUCUUACCGCCAACGUUUGAGGACGUGAUUGACUUUCGAGAUGAGCAUUCAUUACAGGUGGUUGGCUCCGGCAGCGAAGAGCCCAGCAGCAAUGAUCCGGGUCAAGAUGGGCAGCGUAUCCACCGAUUCAGAACCAAAAAUCCGGCCGUCGUGCUCUUGUUGCAGGGUGUUGGGACUGUCAGGGUUGCCGUGACGGAUGUGGACCGAUUCACUACUAACCAGCCGCCACAAAUCACAGCAAAGAGCAAGCUCGAGCAGGCCGUCUUCUUUGGGGUCAAGGGGGACAACCCGCUCGUCUUUCGGGGCAAGAGGCAGCUUCCUUUCUCCGCGCAGGAUAUUGGAACAGCCGCUAUCCUGCUCAGCAGCGAGAUCCUGGGCUCCAAGACACCUUUCAUUUCCAACAUCUCAGCCUCCCUCGAAAACAACCUUCGGCUACGGAUCAGCUAUCUGGAUGGCCUAAUCUCCUACCUUGGCGAGCUCGCGAUUGAGCUGGAUGCCCAAACCCGCUGGAAGUUGCUCUACAACGCCGAAAAACUGGCGGUUGCAACAUACGUGUGGCAGAAGCAUGAGGACUUCCUCGCACAGCGACCACAAGGAGAGAGAACAGUGGUCACGGAAAUCGUUGCCUGGAUUCAUGAAAGCCAAAAAACGGACCUCAACAUGGCGGUCGGAGAGGUUGAUCCUGUCCGGCAUUGGUUUAUUCAUGACGUCUGGAGAUUCGACAUCUUCCUUGCUUGGACUUAUCAGGUCAUCAAGUACAUCUACACAAAGGGAGUUGUCAACUCUGAUGAUGAAAUCACCCGACUGGCAUGGGAAGCCGCUACUGUCGAGAACGGAGCGCUUGCCGAGGCCCGGAAGUUCCGUCUCUCCAGGGCUAAUGACUAUGGAGUGAGCGGCACUGAGGUCCCGGGCGGCACCCGAUUCCCAGAGCCCUGGUCUGCUACUCAUCUCAUUAUUCACAACCACAAGCGACUUGUUGAGUUCUGUUUCAAGUGGCUCGACUCUCAUCAACCAGCACAAGAGAGCAACCCCGCCAACAAAAUGCUCCUCGAGUCAACCCGAGGUCUGCUGCCACCUUUGAUCAGCCAAUACCUGCAAUCCUUGAUCGACCAGGCCUCGUGGGCUACGGAAAGUGAAGUCUCGGAAAUUCAGGAACGCGGAAAACUCUAUCUGAAGGCGUACGCGGAGGAGGUUUAUGACAAGGUAACCCGUCUGAAGGACUUUGAACUCUGGGAGGAGGCUAUCCAGCUUGCCAAAGAGUACAAGGGCUUUGACGCCCUUGCCGAAGUCGUUGUGCAGCAGAUUCUGUUGGUGGAGCAGAAGGCCGCCAGCGCCGUCCCCCAAAACGCCGAGAACAUGCAGUUCCAGGUUGAAGAGAAGAAGAAGCGUAUGGGCAGGCUAUUUGACGACUAUGGAGCGAACUUUGCCUUCCGUGCUUAUGAGGUCCUGCUCGAGAACAGUGGAGUCCAGGCCGUUCUCGACUUUCCAUACGACAGACAUGGCUUUGCUACGCUAUUCCUCCGGGCCAAGCCUGAGCUGGCCAAGAUUUCAUGGAUCAACGAUGUCCAACGAGAACACGAUAUUGACCAUGCUGCCGAAACUCUUCUCAAUCUGGGUCUGAGCCGCAAGCAGCAGAUCUGGAAUAAGAAGAUUGAGCUCAGCCUGGGCAAGCUGGCCUUUAUGGCUGAGGAAGCUGAACAGUCCACGAAUGGAGGCCACGCCAGCAGCGCAUCCACUGAUCUUCUGGCCAAGACCAGCAUCAACCUGGAAAAGAUUGAACAAGAGCUGGAGAUUAUCAAGAUCCAGGACACUCUCUACAAGACCAUCCUGCCCAUCAUCAAGGAGGGGGUUGACGAGUCGGCGGAGCUGGAGCUUCUUCUCAAGGAGCAAGCCGUGCUGAUUCCCAAGAGACAAAAGGCGCUCCACCGGAUUUUUGAGGACGGCAUGUCUCGCUUGCUCAAGCACGAGGCGUUGCAUCCCGCCACCUUGAUCGACCUGCUCACGCUGGCCGACCUGGGCGAGCAGUACGAGCACGUGAUCCCGGACCCGUUUUGUCUGGCCCUCAAGGUUGCUAAGUACGGCCUCAAGGGCGAGGAACGUGCUAAGGCGGUGCGGCUGAUCUGGCGUCGCUGUUUUGUUCGCGACAAUUGGAAGGCUGUCAACCAGACUAAGAACAAGGGUGACGAGGCGCAGCUGACGUUGUUGGGCAACACGGCUACCUACCAUGCCCUCUUUGCUGUUUACGAGCAGAGACUCUCAGACGACAAGUUCAGCCCGUUUGUCAAGCCUUCGGAGUGUUUGGGGGUGUACACGGAGGAGGUGGACCGACGGUUUGGGAACCUGGACGAGCAGGCGCAGCAGAAGAUAUUGGAGAAUAUGAAGUGGGAGGAUGAUGAGCUGAGGGGGUAUGUUGAGAAGGCGAGGGCGGAUGCGUGGUUUCUCACGACGAGCGAGUAUGCUGAGAAGACGGUGACGGCGGCGUUUAGCGAGCUGACGGCGGCUGGGAGGUCGAGUGUUAAUGGGGAUGGUGGGAGCGAGGAGGCGGCGAUUCUGAAGAAGUUUGCGGAGAAGGCAGCGGCGGGUAAGGAUGGGGGAAAGAAUGGGGGUGGGGGCUUGUUCGCGGUUUGAGGGGUAGGAGAGGAGAGGAUUGUUUGUGGGUUUUUUGUCAUGAUGAUUUUUUUGCUGUUAUUGCUGAAGGGAAGGGAGUGAGCGAGAAAGUACCUAGGGAACGAAAAUGAAUUUGGGCGUCGGGGGGGGCGGG